CUUUUUUUUCUUCCUUUUUCAGUUUCGAGUCUUGACUACCCGCUUCCAUUCGGUGGAAACAAUGGCGACAAGAAGCAAACACUCGAGUUCAACUAAGGAAAAACAUGAGGUUGAGGGAAAAGAAUCAGCUUUAAAGGGAAAUAAAGAGAAUAAGAAGGGUAUAAUUGUACAAAGCUACAAAAUCGAGGGAUUGUCCAUAGCAGGCCAUGAAACUUGCGUUAUUUUCCCAUCUCUUAAUUUAGCUUUCGAUAUUGGUCGAUGCCCAGAUCGUGCAAUCUCUCAAGAUUUUCUCUUUAUUUCCCACGCUCACAUGGAUCACAUUGGAGGACUGCCAAUUUAUGUUGCAACCAGGGGCCUAUAUCGUAUGAAGCCCCCAACAAUUAUUGUUCCAUCUUGUGUAAAAGAGAAUGUUGAGGAACUAUUUAAGGUUCAUAGAAGAAUGGACAAUUCUGAGCUCAAUCAUAACUUGAUUGGUUUGGAUGUGGGAGAAGAAUAUUGCUUGAGAAAGGACCUUAAAGUAAAAGCUUUUAAGACUUACCAUGUUAUACCAAGCCAGGGUUACAUUGUUUACUCUGUAAAACAAAAACUCAAGCAGGAGUAUUUAGGCCUUCCUGGUGAUGAGAUUAAGAAAUUGAAGUCGUCAGGCAUGGAGAUUACAAAUACUGUUUCAACACCAGAAGUUGCCUUUACUGGAGAUACAAUGUCAGACUUCAUUGUCGAUGAAGCUAAUAUUGAUGUUUUAAGGGCAAGGAUUCUCGUAAUGGAGAGCACCUAUGUUGAUAACUCAACAACAGUAGAUCAGGCAAGAGAUUAUGGACACACUCAUCUCUCCGAGAUAGUUAAUUAUGCGGACAAGUUUGAGAACAAAGCAAUUCUUCUGAUUCACUUUUCAGCUCGUCAUACAUUAGAUGAAAUACAAGGAGCUGUUUCUGCAUUGCCUCCAUCUUUGGCCGGCCGAGUUUCUGCACUUACUGAAGGUUUUAACAAUAGGAGAAAUUGAGAGUCGAAAGCUUUGGUUAAUCAGGCGUGUUUUGCACUGUGGCAAACCAUCGAAGCAGCUGCACUUCAUCUGAUGGUUACACAAAUUGAUUACUGGAGAUCAAUGACAAUGGGAUUAAAGAUUGAAGGAAAGCUAUUGGUGGUUGUAGUCAUUCAAGCACAAUUCAAAUUUUCUGAUAAGUUGGUGCAGGAACAUGGAAUUGGAAGCUAUUUAAUUUUUCUGUAGUGGUCAUUCAUUCACAAAAUAAUUUAUUUUAUAUACUUUUUUGUAUCCGGAAGGUUUAAGUCCUUUGAUAGUGCAAAAACACAGCACAGGCGUUGAAAUUUUUGACAAUCAGAAACAUUCACAGGCUUUAAAAUGGUUUCAUAGA